GAGAAGGUGAGGGAGGGUCAGCGGCGCGGCUGCACCCAUGCAGUGGGUUAAAUCCUCUCACUGCCCCGCGGACUCGGUUUGUUGUUCACCGCCCCCGCCCCCUCCCCUCGCCGAAGAUGCAUUCCCUUCCUGCUGCCGGGAACCGGUGGCCCCUGCUCAUGGAGUCUGCCCAUUGACUGGGUUGGGAUCCCAUUCUCAGUAACCUUGGAAAAUGCUGUACAAAGGGACUCUCAUGGAAAUAUCCUCUUCAAACCUCCUGCCAUUGCUGCUGGGUAGUGUGGGUCUUAUUAUUUUAUUCAGACUGCUGCAGAGCAUGAAGGAUCGAGCAAUAGUUCAAGAUGCUGUGGUGGUGAUAACAGGAGCAAGCUCUGGCCUCGGUAAAGAGUGCGCCAGGGUUUUCCAUGCAGCUGGUGCUAGGCUGGUGUUGUGCGGACGGAACAAGCAGAAGCUGGAGGAACUUGUGAAGGAGCUAACUGGGAUGGUGAACAACAAGAACAAGACGCACACACCACACAUUGUGACCUUUGACCUGGCUGAUUUGGAAGCUGUGAGAAGCAGCGCACAUGAGAUUCUCAAUUGCUUUGGUCAAGUGGACAUUCUAAUAAAUAAUGGAGGGAUCAGUUACCGAGGCAACAUCCUGGACACUGCCAUAAGCGUUGAUAAAGAUGUGAUGAACACCAACUAUUUUGGACCAAUUGCUUUAACAAAAGCCAUCCUGCCUUCCAUGGUGCAGAGAAGAAGUGGACAUGUUGCAGUGAUUAGUAGUGUUCAAGGGAAAAUAGCAAUUCCGUUUCGAUCUGCUUAUGCAGCAUCUAAGCAUGCUACCCAAGCUUUCUUUGACUGUCUACGAGCAGAGGUAGAGCAGUAUGGAGUUAAGGUGACUAUAAUUAGUCCAGGAUAUAUCCGCACCAACCUUUCCCUGAAUGCGGUGACUGGGAAUGGAUCGAAGUAUGGUGUGAUGGACAAGAAUACAGCAGAAGGCUAUGAACCUCGUGUUGUUGCUGAAGCUGUUCUAACGGCUGUGUGCAGGAGGAAGAAGGAUGUCCUGCUAGCUGGAUUUCUGCCGACAGUCGCAGUUUACUUGCGAACUUUGAUUCCAAGUCUCUUCUUUCCUAUUAUGACAGCCAGAGCUAAGAAAGAGCGCAAGAUGAAGGAUAAUUAACCUUGUCUGGGGUGCCCUAACUCACUUUUUCUCCAUGAGCGUUACUGUUAAGGCCUCUUAGUGCCAUUAUUUUGCAGCUCGGUACCACACUGGCUGCUGAACAUUUGUUUCCAAAUAUAUCUCCUGAACUCAUUUUGUUUUUGAAACUCUUGAAAUCAGGAUAAAUUAAUACGGAGCAUGAGAAUAAAAAAAAAAAUCAAAACCUACAUUGUGAGUAAAUAAGAGCAGAACAAAUAUAUAACAUUGUACAGUCGGUUCUGAUAUAACGCGAUAGUUCCAUUCUCAUGCAAUCUCGUUAUAAGAAAGUCAUGCAAUAGCCACGCCAUUUAAACUAAUGGGGCCGGAAUCAUGUUAUAGCCAAUACAGAUAAGUAUAGUUCACAUCUACAAAUAACGGUCUAAAUUCUUCAGUCACAAUAAAGCCAAUUGAAGAAACACGCAUUAUAGCAGAACUGACUGUAUUCAUAUCUCAGUUUUAAUGUCAGUGUGAAGUUGAAAGUGCUUUGCACAGAUGUUGAACUUGAACUGCAAGCAGGUAUGAACAUCCAAAUUUAGUCAAAAUUGGAGUGGACUGAAAUUAUAUCCUUCAGAGAUUCUUACUCCACUUUGUUCUGUUGUCGUUGUCAUUGUCUACCACAGAAAGCAGGGUCAGACUGAGUUUGUGUUGCAACUACAGCAUCUGAAGUAUUUAAAUGUGUAAAUUUGUUUACAAACUUUAAGUAUAUUAUGUUUCUGUAAAACAAAUAAAGAUACUAGAUAAAAGUUUGAUAUUUAAGGA